GCGAGCGCGCGCGCGCGCGCCCCGAUCCUGUCAGCGGAGGGGGAGGCCUGGCCGACGAGGAAGCGGCCGAGGCGGAGCCGCAAGGACCGGCCCCUCGCCGCCCCCCACGGCAGGACCAUGUCCGCCAGGGGCCCCGGGAAACUCUCCACCACCGAGCGGAUCAUCAAAGCCGUCCCAUUUCCUCCGACGCAGCGACUCACACUGAAGGAAGUGUUUGAGGAUGGAAAGCCCAAGCUUGAUGUCUUGAAAAGCCACUUGGUGAAGGAAGGGCGGCUGGAAGAGGAUGCGGCUUUAAAGAUUAUCAAUGAUGGAGCAGCUAUCCUGAGACAUGAAAAGACAAUGAUAGAAGUGGAGGCCCCAAUCACAGUGUGUGGUGACAUCCAUGGGCAGUUCUUUGACCUGAUGAAAUUGUUUGAAGUUGGAGGAUCUCCCAAUAACACUCGCUACCUCUUCCUGGGCGACUAUGUGGACAGAGGCUACUUCAGCAUAGAGUGUGUGCUGUACUUAUGGAGUUUAAAGAUUAAUCACCCCAAAACUCUGUUUCUGCUUCGAGGAAAUCACGAAUGCAGGCACCUGACAGAAUACUUCACCUUCAAACAAGAAUGUCGAAUCAAAUAUUCUGAACGGGUGUACGAUGCAUGUAUGGAUACAUUUGACUGUCUUCCUCUUGCCGCCCUCCUAAACCAACAGUUUCUGUGUGUACAUGGAGGGCUUUCUCCAGAAAUCACAUGCCUAGAUGACAUUAGGAAAUUAGACAGGUUUAAAGAACCUCCAGCCUUUGGGCCCAUGUGUGACCUACUCUGGUCUGAUCCUUCAGAGGAUUAUGGCAAUGAGAAGACCUUGGAGCACUUCACCCACAAUACUGUCCGAGGGUGCUCCUACUUUUACAGUUAUCCUGCUGUUUGCGAAUUUUUGCAAAACAAUAGUUUGUUAUCGGUAAUCAGAGCCCAUGAAGCCCAGGAUGCCGGGUAUCGAAUGUACAGGAAGAGCCAGACAACGGGUUUUCCAUCACUUAUUACCAUUUUCUCUGCCCCAAAUUACCUAGAUGUCUAUAACAACAAAGCUGCUGUGCUAAAGUAUGAAAACAAUGUCAUGAACAUCAGGCAGUUCAACUGUUCUCCUCACCCCUACUGGCUUCCAAACUUUAUGGAUGUCUUUACGUGGUCGUUGCCUUUUGUCGGGGAGAAAGUCACAGAAAUGCUGGUUAACAUUCUCAACAUAUGUUCUGAUGAUGAGUUGAUUUCAGAUGGUGAGGAGUCAUUGGAAGGAGGUACAACUGUUCGGAAGGAGAUCAUCAGAAAUAAGAUCAGAGCCAUUGGAAAGAUGGCACGUGUCUUUUCAGUUCUACGAGAGGAAAGUGAAAGUGUGUUAACUCUCAAGGGCCUGACUCCCACAGGUACACUGCCCCUGGGGGUCCUCUCAGGGGGAAAGCAGACUCUACAGACAGCCACAGUAGAAGCGGUAGAGGCACGGGAAGCCAUCCGAGGGUUUUCGCCGCAGCACAAGAUUCGCAGCUUCGAGGAAGCCCGCGGCCUAGACCGAAUCAACGAGCGCAUGCCACCCCGCAAAGACAACGUCCACACCGACGGGCCGGUGAAUUUGGUAACCUCAACAAACUCCGCGGACAAGAACAGCGCUGGGAAGAAAGCCCAGUAAUCCUGCCGCGGCACCGGGAACGGAUCCGAAACUUAAAAAACAAAUUUUAUUUAUUUAUUAUUGGAAAGCAAAAACAAACUUAAACCUGGAGGCACAUUCAUGAUGCAGUCUGCAUUUAACCUGUAAGAAAGGUGACCAUUUUGUAAAUUUUUUUAUUUAUGUUCAAUAUAUAAAAAAGUCCAUCUUUUUCUUUUUUUAAAAAAAUUUUUAGAAAUCGACCUGAUCAGUAGAACAUAUACGAAAUAUUGUGCCGUCAGGCUGAUCUCUCCCACCAUACCAGAGGGCCUCUGGAAACCGUAGCCCUGGUUAUCAGGCCCCAAUUGCUCCAUUAGUCCUCUGCUUUUGAAAGGCACUAUUUUUUUUUUCCAUUUAAGACCGGCUACUCCCUCCCCGCACUUGAAGGAAUUUUCUUCCGCUUACCGGGUAGGUGCGCCUGCUUCUUUAGCCAUUGAUUCUGGGAAAGACCCGGUAGGAUGUGGUGGGCUGAGCCCAUUUCUCUACUUGUGGAAGACUCGAAUAGGGGUGAAACCCCAACCCCAAAAAGCCCAGUGGGUGUGUUUUUUUCCAGAAUGGCCAACUCUUAUCAAAACUCCCAGUUUCUUUAAGUGUGUACUAGUGAAGCGAAAUUAAAAGUAAUAUUAAUAAACAAUGCUCUUAGAAUGAAUUAAACUUUUCAAUCGAACAACAGAUGUGAUUGGUUUAAGACUUCCCUAUAGGGUGUUUUUUGGGGGGGUUGGGGGGGGGGAGUUCCUUGAAAAGCUGUAAUUGUUGCCUAAACCUUUGAGACUUUUGCCUCAUUGUCCAUAUCCCCGGUGAGCUGCACAACUGCUCCGUCAGCAAAGAGCCACAUAUGUCCAUAUGUCCUGGAAGUGCAUCUAAAUGCCCUCUAAUGAAAAUCCCACAACCUGAAUUUUUCAUUUUCUCUCUCUCUCUCUCCCCCUCCCCUGCCUUUGCCUUUUAUCCCUCUCCUCCUUUUAUCUCUCUCCCGCCAGCCCACCUGCUUCCUCCCUCUCUCUCGCCCUCUCUCUCUUUCCAUAUCGUGAGGCACAAGCAGGAGUAAUUGACAUUGCUUCUUGAUUGUCCGUUUCCCCCCGUGAAACCUAAUAUUUGCCAAAGGCCCCUGAGAGAAUCCAAAGAGAGGCUUCUCCUCUUACUGCUUCGGCCAGUAAAGUGUUUUCCUACCUUUCUCAGCGCUCUACGUAGAGUUCCAGAUGAGCCACCGUGAUCGCCGUAGUUUGAACCUUGAGGGUAGGAGAUCAGAAAUUACAAGCGCAUGACUCGAGAGCGUGCACUCCGCGAUCUAGAGCUCACCAUCUGCUCAAUUGAAUUGUUCCUGAGUUUAUUUUCCCCAGGCGGUGGGGAGGCAUCUGUCAGCUCGUAAACAUCAAUUUGACCGACGGAUAGGUCCACCCCUAUCAGCACCCAAAAAUACAGGCUGAGUAUUCCCUCAGCAGUACCCUGUAGUUGGGGAAUUCCGGCACCGAUAGUAUCUCAGACAGUACUGACUUUGCCUCAGUUUGGCAGAACCUGUUACUCCUUUUCAAGGAGAUGGCCGAAGAUAUUCCCAAACAGGCUCUUGGCUUUCGUUAGCAGCCUGAGUUCUUAAUGCAUCUUUUUUUUUUUGACCCUAAUGGUAUUUGUUCCAGUUAUACCUGCUUUAUACUUGGUGAUCUAGGCAAAUUAAGACAUGUUUAGUGGUUGGAAUCGGGUGCCACGGUGUUCUCUGCCUUUGGAAAGCCGGCAGGAAGUGUAUACGUUGCUCAUCUCUUAAAGUGGGUCCUGCGGGCUGUUUCCCCUACUUGAAUCCUGGUGAUGGGGAGCGGGAACGAGUAAGCUUUCACCGUAUCGCGUAGGUGUUUCAUUACAUAUUGUUUUUUUUGUGGCCACGUUAGAAACCGAUCAGCUAGACAAUCUCCAAAUGCAGUGUUUCAGUGUUAGGUAGUCUCACUUGUCCAAGAUUCUUGAGUAAUGAGAAGGGCGAUCCACAGCAGCAGAAAGAAUACGGAGCCAGAGGAUCGUUUCCCCUUUCUGUCGUUCACGAAGGCCCGUGACCUCAUCAGACCAAGCCACAGACAGGCCAGGUGUAAGAGCUCAAGUCAGCCGGCCGGGGCCAUUUCAGAUGAUGCAUCAGCUCUUUAAAAGAGGAUGCGGAGAAUAAGAAGUGGUGCUAUUGCCUACUCUGAAGAGCAGUGACUUGAGAAGUCAUUUCUGGUAGCCAUUUGCCCAGGGGAGACGUGGUAGGGGAACGGCUGUACCAAGUGAUCUCCUCUGUGAGCUGGCGGCGGAGGCUUUGUCAGGGGGCCUGUGCAGACAGGAGAUUGGGUCUUAAGCGAAGUCAGCUUUGAGAAGUUGUUGGAGGAAUCUUAAGGGUCAUUGGAAAUCGCAAGAUGUUGCUUUAGUUAUGGAUGCUUUGGCAGUUUACCUCCUGAAGAUCAGGAGAGAUCGUUCAUUUUUGGAAGGAAAAAAAGGUUGGGUAACGCUUAGAAGUUGAGAUCUAAGAUACUCAUUACAUUAUAUAAAAGCUCUUCCGUGUUUGAGUCCGUCCAUUCUUGGGAAUUUCCAUUUCACUGGGAGAAUUUUGGCUUAGAAAAAUCCCCCUUUCAUCCUCGACGUCACUCCUAAGUCUCUUCUGUCCAAAUCACCGUCCCCCGACAAACAGACGUCCUGUGCUGAACUCCCCACAUACACCAGGGUUUCCCUUUUGCCAGUCCUAGCAGCCUUGGGAGAAGAACAGGCCCGAGUCUUUCUUUGCUUGCCUGAAAACCAUUCUCCAGUCUGAAUGUGCCAAGUAGUACCUCCCUCUGCGGGUAAUGAGAGUAAUACCUCUCCCUCCCUCUUUGUAGUCCAAAGGGCAUUUCCUUUCUCCAUCCUGGGCGAAAUGCUACUAACUAGCCCCACCUCCAGCCACACACGAAGUUAACUUGGUGACCGUAAAGCGAAACAAAACAAUACACCACACCGUUUUUGAAAUGCCCCUUUAAAAUGAUGCAUUAUGUGAACUGAAAUUUCAGAAUUUGUCUCACUUCAGAGGAAACGCCAAACUAGUGGAUUAAAAAAAAAAAAAUUAUCAUCCUACUGAAAGAACCCCACCCAAUUCUGUAUUUUGGCUUUCUGAAAGUUUGGGGAGUGGAAGGGUGUGACUCCAUUUUUUCCUCAUUAAAUGAUUUGGCAAGUGAAGUUUCUUAUCAGAGUGAGAGCCCCCUCGAUCGCGUCACUUGCUUUGAAAGAGGGCCCUUGUUAGUCUUAGAAAUGGCCACACUUUUACGAAGAGAAAACUUUUCUCAGCAAAUCGUUUUCUUUACCUUGUAGAAAUUUUUCCCCUAGAAUCCCUCAUUACCAAUUCCCUCUUGUGUCUUCUGCCCAGAAGGCCUCCGGCCAAGAUGGGGAUUAGAUGUGGGUUGCUUAAUGCUCUAUGGUUUUGGUGGCUCCUUACUCAGGGAGUAGGGGACAGGCGGUCAAAUUCCAGUAUUUUUCCAUCCACGUGCAUCCUAGAUGCCCAUUAAACACUGGGAUGUUAUAAUAAAGUCCUGCUUCCCUCCAGAGUGUAUUCUUGUAUUCUUGUCUUAAUCAUGAGGGCUGGUUUCCUGGCCCAUUUUAAAACAAGAAAGGCAUUUAUUUUGGCAGACGGCAUUAUCUGGCCCUGGCCUUGGGAGGGUCUUUUUGUCUUUUGUUUUUUAAGUAUAUAAAUAGGCCAAUUUGGGAGCCCAGCAAUUUUGGCGAACCCUUCCUGAGCAGUUUCAAGAACAAGCGAAGAAGGCAGUUACUACCAGAUUGCUGGGAGAGUACCACGGGGUAACGAGGAAAGUCACAGACCUUAUUUAAUGUAAGGGUGGCGGUAACUAGACCUGUGCAUUUCGUGUUCCCAUACGCUGCCAUCUCUCAAGGCCCAGUGCCGAUCAAAUCCUUAGAGCUCCCCCGCCCUCUCCCUCGUGCUGUGAAAAGUUGCAGCUUAUUUGAACUCCUCCUUGCUUGCGAAAAUAGUGCUGUCGAGCUGUGUCUUUCUUGAGAAUAGGGGAAAGACGGUCCCGCCCAUUGCAAAGUUAGGAAUCACCAAACGGUUGGGAGAGGGUGUAGCCGAGAAGCCGGAGGUCAUUUGAAAGCAGAUGCCGAUUCAACGGGCUACCCUGGGAGCGGAAGCCUGACUGACCUCAUGGCUUUCCCAUGGGUGAAUGACCAGGUCUUUCCCCUGUGUCCCGUGAUUCGCGAUGGAAAUGUAUUCCCUGUCCCCCCGCGAGUCUGUUGAGAUGACAUCCUAAUGUCCCCAACCGUGCUUCCAGUUGCUGUGGAAACAGAGAAAGGGGUUCCUGCUCUAUCUCAGCACAGUGUGCAUCAGUCUUCCCUCUAAACACAUAGGAGACUUUCCGUACCCACUGGAUGGUCUCCUGAAAGUAUUCACGUUGCGGCUCUCUGGGACGUAGGCAGGGGAGGAGUCUGGUUACACGGCAGCCCCAGUGGAAGCAUCGUUUGUAGCCCCUUCACCCCUUUCCUGCUGUCCUCAAACCCUCUCUGAGGAAAGGGGUCGGAAGGGAGGGGGAAAGAUCAGAGCACAGGCUUGUUAUUGCCAUCUGCCCCUGGCGAGGGCAAAGGACUUUAUUUACGAGAGGACAUUUUACCCCCAACACGAUGUUGGAAAGAAGGCUCAUCCUCUGGGAGGUGUGACCUGCCCGUGCUUAGCCAACAAGAGAUUGAGGGGCGAAUCGAGCGUCAGAGCCCGGAAGGUGCAAUGUGGUUUCUUCCCCUCCCGUCACAAAUGUGAAGGCGACAUACAUAUUUGCCUGCUCUUACUGCUUUAGUGUUUUCCCUUCCAGAAGAAGCCUAAGCUUCGCAUCUCACCAUUUUGUUUCAGACUGGGUUGAAGCCAGCUCUCCAGUCCCCUCUUCUCCUUCCCCUCCUCCUCCUCUUCCUCCUCCUCUUCCAACACACCCCCAUUGACUGCCCAGCUACAGAGGACAUGAGACGUGUGCACCUGUGCCGAAUAUCACAUUCGCAAACGCACAGAGCCGAGGAGCGCCGUCUGAUCACGCAACUCCAACCGACACGUGGCAGCGUGUCCCGCCCUCUUCCCUCUCUCCGCCACGCUACCCCAGCGACCCGUCUCUGCAUGUUAUAGCAAGGUGCAUGUAAUAAGGAGGGAGCCUGCAAUGGGUUUUUUGGUUUGGGGGACAAAGGUGCAUAUACCUUCUGUCAGAGAACCUUUACGGUGGUGCCAUCGAGAACACUUCUCUUACCCUUUUCUCAGUGCCCCGUGACCCGUGGGUAAUUUUCCUAAAUGAGACCCCACCCCGCCCUUGGGGUUGACCUGCCCGCACGAGGCGGUUAGAACACACGGGACUAGGUAGUGGUGUGUGAUUUUAGGUUCUCCUGAAUGUUGGGUUACAUGCCUGUUGCCUAGAGACUGCCUCCUUUUUCUUGCUUUUAGUUAUGUUACAGAAAAUGGUGAAAAGAUGUUAUUUAUUGGCAGAAAUUAUUUAAUAUAAUUUCUCUUUUUUUGUGAAAAAGGAAUGAAUUUGUUAGAAUCGUCUUUCUGUAAAUCGGAAGUCAUCUUUAAGGAACAAAGGAAAAAAAAACACAAAACCUUACAAUUAAAUGACAACUCUGUUGGC